AUGUCACAAUCCGACUUGAAACGAAAACGUGCCCGAAUCGCAUGUGAACCAUGUCGAGAACGGAAAAGAAAAUGCGAUGGCGCUGAACCCUGCAGCACUUGUCUUCAAUGGGGCUAUGAUUGUCACUACGAGCGUCAGCAACGACAAAGACACCAUGCUGCUCAACAGCCUCCAAAAGAAAUUGCCUUGCCAAGGUCUUCACAGCCCAUUAACUCAGUGGAUCCACAUGGGGUGGAUCGCCGGUUGUGGGCCAACUCCGGUGCUGCAUUUGUUCGGCGGAUGGGCCUGAAGAUCGAUCCUGCGAAAGCGCCAAAACUCAGCCUGUUUGGUUGGAACAUUGGAAAGCGACAACUGUCAUCCGAAUCUCAGGCUGUGUACCCUGUGCUGUCAAUCACGGAUAUCACAUCCUUGGAACAUGUGAAGACUCUCGCUCAAAUCUACUUCGCUAAGAUUGCCCCAAGCUAUGGCUUUAUUGACUCUUCUCAAUUUUUCGAGCGACUAGAGGCUAGGUGGCAGUCUCCCAUGGUCGGUAGUCUAUAUGACAGUGUUCUCGGUGGCGUAGCUGCACUAGGUUGUUUGUUUUCCCAACGAAACAUGACCAUCACUGAAUUGCAUCUCAUCGGAUCGGCACAUUCAAUUCUCGACACGUACGUUCUGUGUGGUGCUCCUCCUGUGGAACUUCUCACUGGGUGGACACUACGAGUUGUCUACAUGCGAAUGACAGAUCUGCCCCACUCAACAUGGAUCGCGAGUUCGAAGUUGAUGCAUCUGGUGGAAGCCGCAGGAUUCCACCUAGAGUCCACUGAUUCAGUCUUUCCGCGCAGUAUUGGCACAGAGUUUGAUCCAAAUAUCAGAAGAAAACUCUUCGGCGUGGCACUACAUCUUAAUAUGUGGACGUCUUAUGAUCUUGGUCUAUCGAGAGUGUCCUUUCAAAAGAAUGAUUUGCCAUUGCUUCCAUCAGCCUCGGAAAGUGAUUCGACAUAUGAGCUAUUAGGACUUAUUCCACUAUCAGCAAGCCUAGACCCAGGAAAGCCAAAAGAAAAUGAGAUCAAGUUAGAAGAAUCUCUUUCGCAGAUCCUAGAAAGAGUUCAUGCCGAGCCUCCCUCAGCCAUGGCGCAAUGCAAUCUUGUGCUUUGCCUUCUGCGCAGAAUCCAUACAGAGAAGCUUGAAAUAUCGUCUCUCCUAGCAGAAAAAGCUCUAGCAUUGCUGAAAAAGGGACUUGGUUGCUCACGCACCAUGGUCAAUACCUGUAAUCCCUGGCAACAGAUGGCAAACGUGCCUUUCCACAUUAUAUGUGUCUUGCUCGUGAUGGACACUCGGCAAUCGCUAGCAAUGCUCCCCGAAGCAAUGCAGACAUUGAAGUUGGUCGCAUCCACUUAUGAUACAAACACCAUGAGAGAAGCCUGGAGCGCGGCUCUCUUGCUAGUUAAGCUCCAUCAACAGCGGAGGAAGGAUGACCUUGCGAUCUUCACCGACAUUAUGAACAUGGAAGAGCAUGAAAAUCCAGCGGGGCCAACCCAGCAAGAAUUUCCAAGCGCCGAAGAGUACUCAUGGCUAGGGGCUUUGGUCACCGAUCUACCUGGCUUGCAGAGGGAUGACCUUGAUCAAUUUCUGAAUGCGGAUGUGAUUGACAGUUCAGGUUUCCUGGGUGGAUCUGGAUGA